UCCCCACGCCGAGCCGACACCACGUCGCAACACGCCGCGUUCUCGCGAACAAAAUCUCGGAGCCGCCUGAAUUUUUUUUAAAGUGUAACCUCCAUAGUUUUCUAAGUGAGAUACAAGUGAUUUUAUUCUUUAAUUUUCGAACUGUGAUAACUCAGGCGAGCGACGCGGGUGGGGCGCGAACUCCUGACAUACUGGCUCAGUCAGCCGUUGAUCGCCGAGUGGCACACACCAUCGAUUUUCUUCUUACGCCAGUACGCGAGUGAUCAAACAAAAUGCAUAUUGAAGUACAAGUAGCAUUAAACUUCGUGAUAUCAUACCUCUACAACAAACUGCCGAGGCGGCGGGUGAACAUUUUCGGAGAGGAGCUGGAGAAGGCGUUAAAAGACAAGUUUAGGGGUCACUGGUACCCUGACAGACCGUGCAGAGGCUCAGCAUUUAGGUGCUUGAAGACAGGGGGUCCUUUAGACCCUGUGUUGGAGAGGGCGGCAAGAGAAUCGGGCGUUCCAGUCCGUGAUGUGCUGGAACACCUUCCGAGAGACCUGGCUGUUUGGGUCGACCCAGGAGAAGUGUCCUACCGAAUCGGAGAAAAAGGUGCGGUGAAGGUUCUCUUCAGCAGCGAUGAAAGAGCAGCAGAGGAGCGAACUGACAGAGAGGUGACUCGCGCCUUCAACCCCGAAGCGCAAUGCUUCAGGCCCGUGGAGCCGGUGGCGGCGCCUUCGCCCCCCGCGCCCGCCGCCUUCUCUCCGGCGCCGCCGUUCCGCGCGCAACCGCUGACCUUCACGACGGCUACCUUCGCGCAGACCAAGUUCGGUAGCACCAAGCUGAAGACGAGCAGCAAGCGCGCCAACCGCAUGUCGCCCACGGAGUUCAGCAACUACAUCAAGCAGCGCGCCGUGCAGCAACAGCUGGCGGCGCGGGCGCUGUCCCCGGCCGACCCGGCGGCCUACUUCGUGUCGCGGCGCGAGGCGGCCCCGCAUCUGCUGCUCGCCAACUGAGGCUCUCGCCGCUCAUAGAUUCUUUACUUUUGUACGAGAGACGCGCGCCGCGAUUUAUUUUUUUAUUUUCCGCGGGGGCGUCCCGCGCCGCCCGCCGCUUGUGAUAUCCGUACGAUUUUUCAUAACUUUUUGUAUUCUCGUUCGUUACGUCGAUGUGUAAAUUUAUAGGAGCGAUGAUCUGCCGCGCGACUCGCCGGCGAUUUAUUUUCUUACUGUUUAAAGUCGGGUAGAAGUCUUCGGUCGAUGCGACUUUCGUGAAGCGAGACGAGAGUGCGCUCACGACGUACCUUCACGAGCGAGCCUGUAUUCAUUCGUCCUCCGAUCUAAGAGAAUACUGAUAAUAUUUAAAUAUGUAUACUUUAUAUUCGUAGUACGCGAAACGUCUAAUUUUUCACGUCGAAAGGCCAAUAGAGAAAUGACAUAUUUUUAAUAUUUAAAACUAAAUUCAUACUUUCUAAGAUAUAGCGUACUGUAACUGUUGUGUAUUCGAAUUUUGUAUGUAAUGACGUUUGCAUAUCCGUUCGGACGCGGUCGGACGGCGCGGCGGGCCGCCCGAAGGCGUCGGAGAUCUCACCUAGAGUAGUACACCUCGUACGAUUGUACCCUUGUAAUGAUUAUAUUAAACGUAAAUAUAUUAUAGGAUUAGCUACGUUUCAAUCUAACAGUAUUUUUUUAAGAAGAUAUUAGUCCUCGUGUACAUCGCCGGCCGACCGCGUCGAGGCGGCCGGCCUUAGUCUGUAUGGUAUACUUAUAUAAUGUUAUAAAGACGUGAAUGUGAAUAAAAAGUAUUUCUCAAUUCAUAAAGUAACUGGUGCAUGCGAAUUCAUAAAGUAAAAACUAUGUGUUAUUUAUCUUUUUUAUAUUUCACUUGGCACGUUCGGUGUUUCAAUCGAGGCUCAUAGUUGUAGGAGGCUGUGCUUAGGUACGCUGUAGUCAGCUUGUCGUUGCUCGGGACUGUGCUCGCUCGCCGUCCCUCACCACCACCCCACCACCCCACCACCCCACUACCACACGUCACUCGAGAGAGGUUCCUCCACAUGACCGGCGUCCCUUUCAUUUUUUAUAUCGAAUGACCCUUAUUUUCUAUUAGUCUAAUAAAAGUUACGCAAAUUAAUUUAAAUAAAAGCUUUAAUAGUUAAAAUAACGCGGAUAUUAUUGUAAUAUGAACUGUUUAACAGAUUUUUACAACUGUAAAGUAUAAACAAUAAUUCCAUGUGUCGCAAAUGCAAGGUCAUGUCGAAAAACCAAAAUUAUUGAUAGCACAACAAUGACAAGUUGUAUACGGAAAUGUGCACUAUUUUUUUACGAUUUUUAUAUUUUCAUUUAGAUUAAGUGUAGUAGUAUAAUUUAAUCAUUAAAGCAAUUUAUUAAUACCCUAUUAUUACGUAAACGCGGGCUCGAUUGAAAAACUGAGCAAAACGCUACAGUAUUUUUUGUAGAUAAAAUCUUAUAACGUAAGUUUAAUAAUACAACUUAGUAUAAUGAGAUUUUUUAUUACUAAAAGAUACUUUUUAUUUUUCUUUCUUUUGUAAGAUAUAUUCGAUGAGGUGUUAAAUAUAGAAUAAUAUUUGCAUAAUAUAGAUAGCGGAUCUCCAUAACCGCAAAUAUAAUUAGUCAAUAAUAAUUUUUCAUAUUGUUGUACGACUUUUUAAGUUUAUAUUAAAAUGUUUUGUGCAAUCUA